UCUAGAAAUUGCAUUUUAAAACAUAUUUUUCGGACAAAAGUACUGCUCAUAAUGGCUGCCAACAAACUGUGCUGCACUUUAGCUAUCGGCGCUCUAUUGUGCCUGGGAUUCGCGGCUCUCAUUCAAGCUCAGGAUAAGCCGGUAACUGAUGUGUGCCUGGGAUGCAUCUGCGAGGCCAUCAGUGGAUGCAACCAGACCCGUUACUGUGGCGGCGGAGUCUGUGGCCUGUUUCGCAUCACAUGGGCUUACUGGUCUGACGGCGGCAAGCUGACCUUGGGCAACGAGAGUCCCCAGUCGGAGGAAGCCUAUGCCAACUGCGUGAACGAUCCUUAUUGCGCCGCCAAUACGAUCCAGAAUUACAUGACCAAGUUCGGUCAGGACUGCAAUAAUGAUAACGCUAUCGAUUGCUACGACUUUGCUGCUAUCCACAAGUUGGGCGGCUACGGCUGCAAGGGCGAGCUGAGCUACCAGUACCAGACGCAGCUGACCAACUGCCUCAAUUCGUUCCAGCAUAUCGACGUUCGCAACAGCAAAUAAUCCCAUUAUCUUGCUAAAUUUAUGUUCUAAUUAAAAUUAAAUAUUGUAAUAAUUAAUAAUUUAUGGCAAUGCAUUUGAGUUCGAUUAAGAUUGCGCUAUUGAGAUUGAUAAUAAAUGACAUUACGAAAAGGGAA